AGUUGCCGUCAGUCCGCGUGUGGGGCCGGCUGCUUCCUCCUGAGUCUCCUGCUCGGCUCCUUCUCCUCCGUCUUCUCUUCCUGCUGCCUCCGAGAUGCUGGCGCUGCGCUCGGCCAGCCGCUUGCCGCUCCUCUGGGCGCAACCUCCGCCACUGGGCCGCCUGGGCGCUGCCGGCCGGGAACUGCUGCGGGGAAGCCCUGCUGCCGCCUCCGAAGGCGCCCGCAGCCCCGGCCCCGGCUGCCGGGCUUGCAGCAGCAGCGGCAGCGGCCGAAGCGGCUCGCAGAAUCCGCUGGUCUUCCUGGAAGUGGGUGCAGACAACCAGCCGCUGGGACGCGUCGUGCUGGAGCUAAAAGCUGAUGUGGUGCCAAAAACAGCAGAAAAUUUCAGAAUUUUAUGCACUGGGGAAAAGGGCUUUGGGUACAAAGGAUCCACCUUCCAUCGAGUGAUACCUUCGUUCAUGUGCCAGGCUGGUGACUUUACGAAUCACAAUGGCACGGGAGGAAAAUCGAUAUAUGGCAGUCGCUUUCCAGAUGAAAAUUUCAUUCUUAAACAUGUUGGACCCGGUAUCCUCUCCAUGGCCAAUGCCGGCCCCAACACAAACGGAUCUCAGUUCUUCAUUUGCACAGCCAAAACAGAUUGGCUGGAUGGAAAGCAUGUUGUGUUUGGCCACGUCAAAGAAGGAAUGGACGUUGUGAAAAAAAUUGAAAGCUUUGGGUCAAAGAGCGGAAAGACUUCAAAGAAGAUAGUCAUCACCGACUGUGGCCAGCUGUGAUCAUUCAACCUGUGACCUCAAGAUGUCUUCUCUGAAGAAUCAGAGAAGCAGAAAAGAAUGUCUCAAAACUAUUUACUUAAGAGAGAUUUCUCGGUUCAUCCCCUUGGACACCGCUGAAGUAUAUGAAGAAGUCCAGUUGUCAUUUGAAUCACCUUGAACUCCUAGUUUCAAUAACUUGUAUCAUUUUAAUUUUCUACCCACAGUAGCUUAGUAGCAGAAGAUGUGAGAACUGUAGCUAGUUGGAUUGUAUUAAAAGGUUAUCCUGCCGUUGGUUAAAUUGGUACUUGAAUUCUUUCCCCCAUUUCGAGUGGAAGUAGGAUUGUGUAGGCCAUUUAAGUCAAGAUGGCUUCAUAGUAGCUUCUUCCCCUUUAAACUUCAAACACAAACUCUUAGAAGAAUAUAUUGCCUCUCGGUUAAAACUUUUCAGGUUUCUGUGACUUGAAGACUGAAGAAGCCACCAAGCCGUAAACAUGGAAUUAAUGGAUUUCUUACCGUUCAUCUGAAAUUCCUCCUGUGCCUGGAUCAUAACAAGAAAAAAAACAAUGUUUGUUUGGGCUGCUUAGAAUUAGCCUUGCAAGGAAUGUGGUGCUCUUAGAAUCUGAAUUUAGGACUAUGGUACCAGAACAACCGGAAUAUUUUUAUUAACUUGCAAAAUAAUAAUAAUAAUAAUAAUAAUGAACGUUACUUAUUUCAGAUGCAGCUUUGAAUGAGGGAAUUCAGUCAUCAGGGAAAACUCCUGAUGAUUGAAUUCCAUUGUAUAUCCUCCGUUGUAAAUAUAGCAUGAUGGCUGACGUAUAUACUCAACGGUAUAUUUCUCCUCUUACAAUUCUGUAUCAGAACCAGUGUUGGGUUGCAUUUUGCUUUAUUUAAAAGUAGAUUUAAAUAGCUGCCACAGCUAUUUGAGACUGUAAGUAGACGAACUGGAUUAUUAAUUCAAUUUUUUGAACUUUUAAGCUUACCACGCCCAAUUGAAACAGAAAUUCUAAACCCAGACGGUUCGCUGGUUCAUACCGUGAGCCGUGAAUUUCACAACGGAUUUCCCAUCGUCCCUUUUUUUUGGGAUGGGGGAGAGCCGAGGUGGCGCAGUGGUUAGAGUGCUGUACUGCAGCCACUUCAGCUGACUGUU